AUGUGCGAUGAUGCUAUGAUUACUUCUCAAGGUAUUAUCGGCACGGGUACUGGCACGUUGAUGUGUUUUACAGGAGGCAACUGUGGUUCGUUUGCAUCUGUCUCCGCUGAUGUAUCAUGCACCGAUUACAGUGCGACAACUGACUAUUCAUUGGGUGAAAUAUUUGACACAUAUACAUUACCUCUUAACGCUUCAUUUAUUAACGCAUUUAAUAGUAGUGCCUGGCUUUCAUUGGCUAUAGGUGGCGGCAGUACUUGGCAAGUAACAAGUAAACUUGAUUUGACAGUUCGACCUGAUGGCCGUAUCAAUACUUCACCAGUGACUUCAACACUUCCCAUCAUCUACCGAGCGAUAAAUGUUCAGCAUGUACAUGUUGUGCAAAUGGCCGAUGCUGACAGCUCGGAUACACUUCGAUGUCGUUGGGCAACAAAUAAUGUACCGACUAACAGCAAUAACUGGGAUGAAUGCGGCUCUGUAUGCGAGCCAAGCUUGCCUUCAGGAUAUACUCUUUUUGGUGAUAAUUGUACUCUUGUUUUUACUCUAACUACUGCCGACUACUAUGCUGUUGCUUUGCAAAUCGAAGAUUACUACACCUCAACUUCACCGACUCCAAUGAGCUCAGUUCCGAUUCAAUUUUUAUUUUAUGGAGUUGUUGAUCCCGGUGGUUGUUCAACACCUCCUUCCAUCAUUGGUGUUCGACCUAAUUUAGCUUGCAUUGGAACACCAAUUGUCAUGAUUCAUAUUCAAUCAAUAUUUAAAACAAAACUAAUGAAAUCUGUUACGCUUUUAUCAGGUCUUCUUACCAAUGAAACGGUGAUAGCUCAAGUCGGUUGUCCAGGCAAGAGUAUUGUGGAGUUCACGACAAGUUCACCAAUUGGUCUUAUUAAAAGUGCUAUCAUCAAUCCAAGCACUGGUUGA